CCUCUUUUCCGUCCAUCUCUCUGGGAGUGGAGGGGUGUCGCUGGCUCGUCUAGCCCCUGCCUCUAAGUGACAGGACCCUGUACAGCAACACUUCUAGCCGGUCACGAAGUUUGUCGGUCCUUGCUUUGGCUGAGCUGAGGAAAAUUACAACUAUACCUGAAAACAAAUACCACCCAGAACCAUCAGAAAAUUGAGCUGUAUGGAAGUCCAACAACCAAGGAUUUAAAGAAGCCACAAUCAUCCAGGCGGAUACACGGAGAAUGACAGAGAGGAUGUGUGUUAUCUUAGAUGUAAGAACUUAUAUUCUGAUUUUGGGACAAGGAAGAUGGCGGCAAGAUAGGUGGGAGCGGAGUCCACUUUCCCCUGCACACGGGUGAAACACCUAGCCGAUCUUCUGAGGAACAGAGCGAACAGCCAACAGUAUCCCAGCAUAUAUGAAGAUUGGAGACCAAAAAUUGUAGAGGACAUUGAAAAACCAGACGCAGGCAUUUUGGAAAGCAAAGAUGGGGAGAAAAGUUGCCUACACUAUAAAACUUCCUGUUGACCAGUACAGAAAGCAAAUCGGUAAACAGGAUUAUAAAAAAGCCCACCUUAUUUUACGAGCUACCAAAUUGAAAGCAGAAGCAAAGAAAACAGCAAUAGGAAUAAAGGAAGUUGGCCUUCUACUGGCAGCUAUAUUGGCCCUCCUCCUGGCGGUGUAUGCUUUCUUUUAUCUCAGACUGACCGCAGAUGUUGACCCUGAUCUGGAAUCUGAUGAAGAUUAGCUGAGCAGCAAUCAAUGCAUUAUAAGGAGAUAAUUUUUUGAAAGCACCUCUUGGGACCGGUGCUUUCUGAAAUACUGAAACUACAACAUCUUGAAUUCUUUUUGCUGGUAUUUUCAGUUUGCAGAUAUAUCUUUUUAAAUAGUUGCAUAAUAUGUCAAGAAAAGAACCUUAACCUAGCAAUGUAGCAUACUGUAUGCUACCGAAUACCUUUAUAAAUCUUUCUACUUUGACAGGCAACCUGUUCAUGGUGCAUUUAAAUAAAAUGGAAAACAGAUCCCAAAUCUUCAGAUGUGUCAGCCAACCUAUGUGUAUUACUCCAUCACUUACAGAUUACUAAAUCUGUUUUUGUUCCACAUAUAUAUGAGAAGUAAAAGUAUGUAUCCUUAUUUACAAAAACAUACUCAAACCACAUUCAAAGCUGAAGAAGGAACGAGAGUCAUGGGAAAUUUUUCAUUUUACGAAAAAGUCCUGCUUUCUUUCCAGACAUAUUUUGCAUCAUUAGAGAGACUAUCUGCACAUACAUCUACAGUAAUCUUUUUCCUCCUUUGCCAACUGCUCAGCGCACAUGUGCUCCAUCCGAAACGGCACCUGGAUGACAGAAGCGCAAAGAGCCACAUAUGUCUCUAAAAUAGAGUUCCUUUCCUCUUAGGCUGUCUAAACUGAUGUAAAUAGAAAGUUCAGUUGAUAUUGAUUUUAAUUAACUGAUUACUCUAUUAAUAUAAACUUGGAAUUCUAUUCUAAUUAUGUUGUUCUGGCUGCUUGCAGCAUCGGUUUGCUCUUCUUGUUAGGGAGGUAUGUCACAAUCUGUCGUGUAAUUGUGCAGUCCCCUUCCCAUAACAAUAACAGAAGUCCUACCUCCUCAGAGUGAUCUUCGUGGUUUAUCUCUUAAAGCUGGACAGUACAAAGUUGUUUCAAAAAAUUACAUUUUGUCUCUUGUCAGAUGAUCAUGUAGAACUCUUUCAUGAAAAAUAAACAGAAUAAAAUAUGUCUCAUAUUACUUGCAUAUGCAGUUUUCUGUUUACGUAAUUUUUUCAAGGUAUUUUGCAUUUGUUGCAAUAUAAUGACACAUAUAUUCAAUAUUUUUACUGGUAAUUGAAUUUUUCCAUGUUUUUAGAGCACAUGAAUGCAUAAAGCUUAGAAAAUGGAAAAAUGGAAAAACACAUAUUUUGCAGUAUUGUUAGCCACUACCUUACAUACAGUUUUAUAGAAAAUGAAUAGUGUGAAACAUGUGCACGGUGUUUUAUAAUGUACACAUUGUAUUUAUGAAGAGUAAAUAAAAUGUUAAGAUUGCUUCCAUACUUGCCAAGAGAAGAAAGAUUUCAUAAAUACCCUCCAUAUUCUUUGAGACUUCUGCAAAUAGUUGAUGUGACUGUAGCAUUAUGUUCUGCAGAAUGUUUUCAAGUAGCAUAAUUAUUCAUCAGUGUAAAAACAGCCAAAAUUUCCAAUAUCCUCACAAAUCAUUUAUGUCAAAUAUCAGAGGGCACAAUUUAGACAGUGUUAUUUACUGGAUUCUUCCCCUUGAAAUCACAAACUCAAGAGACAGACCAAGAGUUCCUAUACACGUACCACAGCAGACCAAUCCAAGUGGCAUUUUUAGGAAAGGUUACAGCAUUUAAUGCCAUGUGGUGUGUCUGUUUGUGAAGUGGGUGGCAAGGGAAUAUCCAAGCUGGCAUUUUGGAUAUGAUGGGCCUUUUACUUUCCCGAGUGACGUGCCACAUGUCAAGAAAUACUUUUUUCCCCACUCCUAUCACAUUUACGUGAACAAUUUUCAUGUAGUUAGUUCCCCUCCCAUAUGGUGUUAAAAAACAUUCUUAUUAAAUAAAGUUAUUGUUAAUUUCAGUGGUAAUUUAAAUGAGAGGAUAUGUACUAAUUAUUUAUUACAUACCAAUUCAAGUGAGAUGUAGCAGAAUUUGCAGUAUAUAAAAUAGAUAAUUAUACUCUUGGAAAUGUUUGUAUGUUCAUUACCCUGA